AUGAACAAUACUUUGACAGCAAUAACAGCCUCAAUCAUUGAGUGGAAAUUCAGUGAAAUUGAUAAUACAAAAAUUAUUUACAUUAUUGAAGUUGAAAAAAGAGGUUAAAAUAAAUGGACUUUGAAAAAGCGUUAUAAAGAAUUUGAUGAGCUCAAUAAAAACCUCAAAAAGCUUUAUGCAAAUCUUCCACCUAUUCCUGGUAAGACUCUUUUUGCAGUCAAAGAUCCUGCUGAACUUGAAAAGAGAAAAUAAGGACUUGAUAAUUACUUGAAGUAACUAAUUGCUAGACCUGAUGUUUAUCACUCAGAUUCUAUGAAGCAAUUUUUAGAACUUGAUCAACAUGCUUCUGAUCAAAUUAUCAAUCCCCCUAGAUAGUUAGGUGAAUUGACUGGUUUUGUUCAUGGUGUCAGAGAUUUUUUCUAUGACCCAGAUUAAGGAGUACUUUUCGUUUUGUGUGGUGACAUGAAUGUUGCAUCAAGAGUUGAUGCUUAUUUGACUAAUAUGAAAAUGCCUUGGGAAAAAGAAUAGCCUCAAACUUUGCUUUCUGUUGGUACUUUGGAAUGUUGGCUAUAAAAUAAUUAAGGUGGUUUGGACUUCGAAAAGGCAUGGAGUAUUCCAUAUCCUCUUUAAGCCAUUUGCAUGCAUUGGGAACCUUCUUCUUGCAUUCUCUCUGUUGGUUUAGAUGAAGGUAGAGUAAACUAAAUUAGAGUAAAUAAAGAAAUAGCAUACACUAGAUAUGAAAAUUUAAUGGAAUAUAACCCUCACGAAUAAAGAAUUAUGGGUAUUUAUUAUGACAAUAUCACAGAUAUUCUCUAUACUUGCUCUGAAGAUAAAUUUGUCAAAACUAUUGAAAACAAGGAGUGCACAAAUGUUAUUAGACAUAGUGACACUGGUCUUACUGGAAUGAUUGGCGAUAAAGAAUACAAAAGAUUAUUUGUUACAAACAGAUCUGGUGUUGUGUACAUAUAUAGCAUCUCAUCAUCUGCUCCUGAAUUACUCUCUUAGGUUUAUACUUAACAAUAAGGUGUUAUCAGAGGUUUAGCAUUAGAUACAGUUAAGAACUAUAUUAUAACUGGUGGUUUUGAUGAUGGUGAAAUAGCUGUUAUCGAUAUUGAAAAGCCAGGAAGAGAAAAAUAUGCCAAGCUAUCUGCAAGUUUUGUUGGUAAAAAGAAGGUUAGAUCAGUUUCUUGGUCUGGCUCCAGAGGUGAAAUAUAUGUCGGAACUUAAGAUGGUACUAUCACUAUCUGGAAUGCCAAAAAGGGUGUUGCUAUAUAUGUUAUGAAAGGACAUUAAAAUGAAAUUACUAAAGUUUAAUGGAUUGAAAAUAAAGGAGGUAUUCUUCUUACAAGUGCUAAAGAAAAGUUUAUUAAAUUCUGGGCUAUGCCUAAAGAAUGGAGAGAUAAGCAUAUAGAAUAAGAAGAAGAAGAUAAUGUUUAUAAAUUAACUAAAGAUCAAAAAGUUUAAUAAAUUAAGGAAAAGCUAGGAAAAGCAGAAAUAGAUUCAGAUGAAGAUGAUUUACAAGGAUGGCACAAGUAUUGA